UGGCGUGUUGCCUAAAUUUCUCGCUUAGUCUCCUAUCUUUUUCUUUUCCUGGGGAAAUCUUAAGCACGCACCCACUUUCUCUUUAGAAAAGAAAAUUACAAGCGCCGCCCUCUCCUCUCUUUCUCUCUGUUAAAGAACGUCAAACCAUUUAAAAUUCGGAAACGUCCCCAUUCAAUUCAAUACCUCCCUCUCCUAAACAGUUCGAAAGUCAGAUCCACACAUCCCAUUGCCCUAGUCGUCCUAGUCUUCCACCUUCAAUAGAUCUCGCAUUUCGCGAGAGAUUUGGAUUGGAGAUUUAGAAAAAAAAUUGGGAAUCGCAGACAGCUGGUCUCGAUCGAUCGUUGGUUUUCCCGAUUCUUUCAAUUCCAGUUAACUAUAAUCAUCAACGACAACAAUAAUGGGGGCUUACAGGGCCGACGACGAUUAUGAUUACUUGUUCAAGGUCGUGUUGAUAGGCGACUCCGGCGUCGGCAAAUCCAAUCUCUUAUCCAGAUUUACCAGGAACGAGUUCAGCCUCGAAUCCAAAUCCACAAUUGGCGUCGAAUUCGCCACUCGCAGCAUCCACGUUGAUGACAAGGUCGUCAAGGCCCAGAUCUGGGACACUGCUGGGCAAGAAAGAUACCGGGCAAUCACCAGUGCAUAUUACAGAGGUGCAGUUGGUGCGUUGCUCGUUUAUGAUGUCACCCGGCAUGUUACUUUUGAAAAUGUGGAGAGGUGGUUGAAGGAGCUCAGGGAUCACACAGAUGCUAACAUUGUGAUCAUGCUUGUGGGGAACAAGGCAGAUCUGAGACACCUGCGUGCUGUUCAGACCGAGGAUGCCAAGGCGUUUGCUGAGAGAGAGAACACAUUUUUCAUGGAGACAUCUGCACUGGAGUCUUUGAAUGUGGAGAAUGCGUUCACUGAGGUGCUGACUCAGAUUUACCGGGUUGUCAGCAGGAAGGCACUUGAUGUUGGGGAUGACCCAGCAGCCUUGCCUAAGGGACAGACCAUAAGUGUGGGGAAGGAUGAUGUAUCCGCUGUCAAGAAAGUCGGUUGCUGCUCGGCAUAAUAGUUCGAUAGAAAUGGAAAAAAAGUGUUGCCGGUAUGAGUUUCUGAUUAAGAAUUUUGCAAUUUCUGGCUUUGAAGAGAGCAUUGUUUCUGAAGUACAUAUCAGAAUGUAUUAUCAGUUCUCACUCUCUUAUGGGGAAUGCUCAGAUGGCAAACUGUAGUCUGAUGGCUAGGAAAGGAAGAGAUGUUAUAGAGUCGUGAAGAGAACCUUUAAGGUUGAGAUCAUAGAGACUUUUAUUUGCAUUUCCCUUUUUCUUUUUUCGCCUGCAAUAUCACUACCUACCGACCUUUGAAUGCCUUUCAUUUGGAUGUUUUAGCUCAUUUGGAGUGCUGUGAUUUGUAGUCAUUUUCUGACUGUCCCUGAGUUGUUAGAUAGCAAGUAUGCGUAGUAAUGAUGUUCAAAUGAAUUGGGCUAUUUUGUUUUAAAUUUCCUUUAUUGUCUUCACUAAUUUAGAGCAUUAAUAUAGCUGCAAGGAAUACACGUCUUUUUUCUUCUCUUCUACAAAAC